AUGGCUCAAUUGGCAUACAUCGGUCUGGGGAACAUGGGACGGGGAAUGACAAAAAACCUCGUCGAAAAAGGCUCCCUCUCCUCCCCUAUACUGCUCUACAACCGCACAUUCUCCAAAGCCGAAUCACACGCGCUCACCCUUGGCGGUUCCUCUCAUGCCAAAGCCAUACGCACAAUCGCCGAAGCCGUCUCUCCAUCAGAUAUUAUUUUUACAUGUGUCGGCGACGACGCCGCCGUUGAGGAAAUCUUUAACACGGCGCUCAAAGACGGGGAAGACGUGAGUGGAAAAUUGUUCGUGGACAUGUCCACCAUCCACCCGGACACAUCUCGCAAACUAUACACACAGAUAUCCGCUCGCGGCGCGCGGUUUGUCUCAUGUCCCGUCUUCGGCGUCCCCGCCAUGGCCGAAGCAGGACAACUAAUCUGCGUCCUUGGCGGUGACAAGGCCGACAUCCAACGCAUCCUGCCAUACACAAUCGGCGUAAUGGCGCUGGCCAAUAUCGAUCUUUCCUUUGAUUCUUCAACCACACCCGAAGCUGCACAGGAUGUAGGGAAAGCGUCGACAAUGAAAUUGAUCGGAAACAGCUUUAUUCUCAGUUUCGUGGAACAGCUCGCCGAAGGGAUGACGUUGGCUGAAAAAUCGGGUGUGGGGAUUGAACCGCUUGCGCAGUGGAUGGAGCUCAUGUUUCCGGGUCCAUUGCCUAAGUAUGUGGAACGAAUGCGGACGGGUGAUUAUUACAAGCGUGAAUAUCCGUUGUUUCAGGUUGAUCUGGCGAGGAAGGAUUUGAGGCAUGUGAGCAGUGUGGCGGCCCAAAGUGGGAUGAAGAUGAGGUCUUUGGAAGUGGUGGAUGGAUAUUUGAAGGAUGUGAAAGCGCAUAGUGGUGAAAAGGGGGAUAUUGCAGGGAUGUACGGGGCUGUGAGGAAGGAAUCGGGACUAAAAUUUGAGAAUGAUGAGUAA